CGACCCGGAGUCGGGCGGCUGGCUACAGGGCGGGGACCCCGCGGCGCUGGAGGUCGCCCUGGAGGCGUGGGGCGAACUCGAGGACGAGCUGGAACGGCUGGGGGAGCAGACCGGCCGCGUACCGGUCCCCUUGCUGGACCUGGAGGACCUCCUUGCCUCUGGCGGGCCGCCUCCCCGGUCGCUGAAAGAGGUGAGGAGGGCGACGCCCGUCCUGCUGCUGUCCCGGCCCGCGUACGAGCAGCUCGAGGCCUUCGACGACCGCUUCGAGGCCCUCGCCGCCCUCGACGCCCACGUCGACGGGCAGGCCGCCGUGGCGGCCGCCCACGCCGAGCUCCUCCUGGAGGGCCUCGCCGCGGUCAAGGCGGCUGGCGGCGACGCGGACCUGGCCUUCGAGGCCCUGUCCGCCAUCUCCGUGCCCGCCUUCGACGACGCGCACGUCGGCUACUUCUCGGGGCACGCGGCGCCCUGCGGCUGCGGCGGCGCCCGCGGCGGCGAGGCGGUGUGCCGGGCGCGCAGGCUGCUGGGGCGGCUGGGGCGGCGCUGG